GUCAAGCAACAGCUACUGUGGCUUGCUGGAGUGUUGUGCUGGUCGGGGGCUGGUCGUGGUCAGUGUUUUUGUCACAGGGCAGCAUGAGACGCUCAUCUAGGAAGGGAUGUGCAUUUUGGAGGAAAAAAUACGUUUAACAACUCACCCGCUCAAAAGUGACAUGUGGCCGACCGGAACCUUAUCACUGAUAUUUGCGCUGGUGCUGGGCUCAGAGGUUACCCGAUGUGAGGAUGUGGGAUCCGCGGCUGCUGGCGAGUUAGCCUCGCGGGAUCAGCAGGAGAAUUUGGGCGACAGAUCCACAGUACCAGGAACGACACCUCACCAGAUCCUGGCUGCGCAGUUCGAGUGCUACCUGAGGAUAAUCCACGAUCCACCACGAACCGAAGAAGGUAAUUACUGUAACCGCACAUGGGACGGCUGGCUGUGUUGGGGGGAUUCGUCUCCGGGGACGUUCGUACAGAUGUGCCCUGAAUACUUCCAAGAUUUUGACCCCGCCGAAAAAGUGACCAAAGUUUGUAAUCCUGACGGCCAGUGGUUCCACCACCCGGAGAGCAACCGAGUGUGGUCCAAUUACACCCAGUGUCAGAUCUACACCAAAGACAAACUGAAGUUCACCAUCAGUCUGUACUACCUGGCCAUGGUGGGUCAUGGCCUCUCCAUUGUCUCCCUCAUCAUCUGCCUCAUCAUCUUCUCCUAUUUCAAGAGUCUGAGCUGCCAGAGAAUCUCCCUCCACAAGAACAUGUUCCUCUCCUUCAUUUUGAACUCCAUAGUCACCAUCAUGUGGCUCUCUCUGACAGCGGCCAACAACCAGGCCAUAAACACGAGCAACCCUGUGAGCUGUAAAGUGCUGGCUGCGCUCACCCAGUACACGUCGACUUCCAACUACUUCUGGAUGCUGUGCGAGGGCAUCUACCUUCACACUCUCAUCAUUGUGGCUGUCUUUGUCGGGGAGCAGAAGCUCUUCUGGUACUAUGUCUUGGGGUGGGGCUUUCCCAUCAUUCCUGCCAUCACCUAUGCUGUGGCUCGUGGGCUCUUCUUUAAUGAUCGGUGUUGGAUCAGCUCACACACUUACUUGCUCUACAUCAUUCACGGGCCCAUUCAAGCUGCGCUGCUGGUGAACUUGUUCUUUCUCCUGAACAUUUUGCGAGUUCUGAUCACCAAGCUGAAGGAGACCCACUGUGCCGAGUCCACUACGUACAUGAAGGCUGUGAGAGCCACGCUGAUCCUCAUCCCUCUGCUAGGAGUCCAGUUCAUUCUUUUCCCCUGGAGGCCCGAGGGGCGCAUCAGCCGGGCCAUUUAUGAUUUCUUUGUAAAUAUCUUCUGCCAUUUCCAGGGACUCCUGGUGGCAAUUAUAUUCUGUUUCUGCAAUAGCGAGGCCCAAACGGCACUGAAGAGAAAAUGGGCCCAGUGGAAGUCGGCCUGGGGUAAGACGGGCUGGGGAGAGACCCCCACCGCCAACAACCACUUCAGCGACCACAACAAUUCCUCCUUCACAGAGACCAGCCGUGCCACCGUCAGCAUGGAACAAGCCGAUAUCCACUGCAAAAGCGGCGAGAAAGCUCGCUUCCUGUCAGGCAGGCAGCCACAGAGAAGUGUGGAGUGCAGCAACGGGGAGCUGGACGUGCUGAACAAGCUGCACACCACCAUGUGAUACACCUUAAGGGGCACCUUUUUUUUUUUUUUUAAAUACAAAAAAAAACAAACACAAAAAAAAACUGUCCUACAUAUUAUAUAAGAGCAGUUGCAAAACAAGCAUACAUUUUACACAUAUUUUGAGCUAACAGCUUCAUUGUAGUCCUUAUAGUGAUUUUAUGUACUCCCCAAUUCCAACGAAGUUGGGACAUUGUGUUAAACAUAAAUAAAAACAGAAUACAAUGAUUUGAAAAUCAUGUUCAACCUAUAUUUAAUUGAAUACACUACAAAGGCAAUAUAUUUAAUGUUUAAACUGAUAAACUUGAUUGCUUUUAGCAAAUAAUCAUUAACUUAGAAUUUAAUGGCUGCAACACGUGCUUGGAUGGCAGCAUAUGUUUCUCCAAAACCUGCAUGUACCUUUCAGCAUUAAUGGUGUCUUCACAGAUGUGUAAGUUACCCCUGCCAUUGGCACUAACACAGCCCCAUACCAUCACAGAUGCUGGCUUUUGAACUUUGCGUCCAUAACAGUCCGGAUGGUUCUUUUCCUCUUUGGCCCGGAAGACACGAACGACGUCCACAAUUUCCAAAAACAAUUUGAAAGGUGGACUCGUCGGACCACAGAACACUUUUCCACUUCGCGUCAGUCAGUCUUAGAUGAGCUCGGGCCCAGAGAAGCCAGGAGCAUUUCUGGGUGUUGUUGAUAAAUGGCUUUUGCUUUGCAUAGUAGAGUUUCAAGUUGCACUUACGGAUGUAGCGCCGAACUGCAUUUACUGACAUUGAUUUUCUGAAGUGUUCCUGAGUCCAUGUGGUGAUAUCCUUUACACAUUGAAGUCGGUUGUUGAUGCAGUGCCGCCUGAGUGAUUUCUCCAGAUUCACUGAACCUUUUGAUGAUAUUAUGGACCGUAGAUGAUGAAAUCGCUAAAUGCCUUGCAAUUGUAUGUUGAGGAACAUUGUCCUUAAACUGUUCGACUAUCUUCUCACGCAUUUGUUUACAAAGCACCUCUUUGUGAACAAAACUCACCCCAUCUUUUCUUGUGACUGUUCCUUUUCUACCCAAUCAUGGCACCCACCUGUUCCCAAUUAGCCUGCUCACCUGUGGGAUGUUCCAAACAGGUGUUUGAUGAGCCUUCCUCAACUUUCUCAGUUUUUUUUGCCACCUGUCCCAGCUUUUUUGGAACGUGUUGCAGCCAUAAAAUUCAAAGUUCAUGAUUAUUUGCUAAAAACAACAAAGUUUAGCAGUUUGAACAUGAAAUAUCUUAAAUACAGGUUGAGCGUGAUUUACAAAUCAUUGUAGUUUGUUUUUAUUUGUUUCUGUUUUAACACAACGUCCCAACUUCAUUGGAAUUGGGGUUGUAUAUAUUUUAUGUGGCUGGAGGUGCAAACCUGAGAUUUAUUGCUUAUUUCCUCACACAGUGUCCUUGGGGAAGAACUAAGAGACUAUCAGGCCUCUAUUAUGCUUGUAAGGGUUAGCCUUUCGAAAAAGUAUAAAUGCAUUUUUGUAGUGCACGCAGAAACAAUUCACAGUGUCACAUUUUGUUCAAUAUUGAAUAAAUUAAUUUCCUCCCACAAAAUUCAAAAUACAACAACCCAUGGAAACUGAAAAAUGUUUUGUUUUUUAAAUGAAAAUUAUUUUUAAAAACAACAACUAAGAAAUGACAUGUACACAAGCAUUCACAGCCAUUUUCAGAGUCAACUCAAGAUCUGGCUGGUCAACUCAAAGACCAUCAUGGAGUACGAGAGUAUGAACUGUAUAAUAAUACUAUAUGUCCUCCCCACAAAUCACUGAUAUACUGUAUAUUACAGUAAAAUCUCCCUCUACCAUCCAUUUUCUAUAGUGCUUGUCCUUCUCAGCUGAUUUUGGGCAAGAGGGUCGGGUACACCCUGGACUGGUCGCCAGUCAAUCGCAGGGCACAUACCGGCAAACAACCAUUCACAAUCCCGGUCACACCUAUGAACAAUUUUACAGUCUUCGAUGAACCUAACAAGCAGGAAAAAAUGGAGCAUGUGCAGAAAGCACAUGCAAGCGAGAACCUCUUGACUGUGAGGCAGAUGUGCUAACAGCUACACCACCAAGCUGCCCAUAAUUGCAAUCUAAUAUCAAUAUAGAAUACAUACAGUAUGUACCUCCUGUAUUUAAUAUUGAAAGACGCUUGUUAACAAAACUAAGUGCACAGUUACUUUCCAAACAUCCUGUACAUUAUAAUAUUAAACGCAUUAUUCUGUGUUGAGCA